AUGGUGACUAUAAAGAAUUUAGAUAUGGCAUAUGCUAAUGGGAAGAGAAUGAAUGUGCAUGUGGACCACCUCAAUGAACCUAUCUUCAACUGGAUUGACGCUGAGGAACCCGAAGAAACAAAUGAAGAUGAAGUUCAAAACUAUGAAGAAGAUAAAGAUUCAGUCUUUUCAGAUUCAUGUUCUGUUGACCAUGAAGAAGAUGAUGCUUCUUAUCCCUUUGCAGCCAACAAAACUGUAGAUGAAAGGUUUUUAAAGAUUCUUUGUCCUCCUACACCUAGCAAUGAAGAUGAUGAGAAUGUUCUACCCCAAUACAUUGUACAUGAUGAUAGAAAACCAUGGGAUAAGAUGAAACCAGUGUUAGAUUGUUAG